AUGUCAGCAACACUGACCCGCAUGGCCGCCGCCAGCCUCCGCGCAACAUCACGCUGCCGCAUCCACGCAGUACCAGCGCACACCAAUACUGCCCGUGUCACAGUGAGACACAUGUCCGAAUGCCGCAACCCCCCACCAAAGAAAGGGCAGCAGCAGCGUCAAACGCCACAGCAUGGCCAACCGGAGAUGGUGCCCAAGACGCACUUUCGAGCGAUGUUCGAAGGAGCCCAUCCGUUGGUCAAAGGAGUGGUCUAUACCAUGGUUAUCGUGAUGGGCACGGUGGAGACGUAUACUUAUGGGCUUUGGGCGUGGCAUUACUUCUACCCGAGAGAGGGGUUGGAUGGCCAAGGGGACGAGGGAGAGGGUGCCGUUGGUAGAUGA